AUGGCAAUUGCGCAACAGAUAACGAAGAAGAGAAAAGCAGUGCAAGAUGGUGUAUUUAAGGCUGAACUAAAUAAUUUCUUAAUGAAAGAGCUUGCUGAAGAUGGAUAUUCAGGUGUCGAAGUACGUCGUACACCAGCUCGAGCUGAGGUUAUUAUUAUGGCAACGCGUACUCAAAACGUAUUAGGCGAACGUGGCAGGCGCAUUCGAGAACUCACAUCUGUUGUACAAAAAAGAUUUGGUUUUACGGAGGGAUCAGUAGAGGCAAGUGGCUCUUUAAUUUUAUUUUUUUAUCAGUUAUAUGCUGAGAAGGUUUCUAAUCGUGGACUCUGUGCUGUUGCACAGUGCGAGUUAUUGCGUUAUAGACUGGUUGAGGGACUCGCUGUUCGCCGCGCUUGUUAUGGUGUUUUAAGGAUGACUAUGGAAUCUGGCGCACAGGGUUGCGAGGUAAUUGUUUCUGGGAAGCUCCGUGGUCAACGAGCUAAAUCUAUGAAAUUUGUUGAUGGGCUGAUGAUUCAUUCUGGACAGCCUGUGAAUGACUAUAUUCAACAAGCUGUGCGGCACGUCCAGCUUCGGCAAGGUGUGUUGGGUAUUAAAGUCAAAAUAAUGCUUCCACACGAUCCUAAAGGACAGAUGGGGCCAAGGUUCCCCUUGCCAGACCAAAUUCACAUUCAGGAACCGAAUGAUCUGCCCAAUCCGACGCAGCCAUUUUCUGAGCAAAAACAGGAGAAAACUUUGCCUUUAGUUCCUCCAGUUACGCAAAUACCGGCCUAUUAA